UCUCGAGUGGCAACCCUCUCAGAGCGAAUAUUAGGCGAAAAUACUGUUUUUUUGGCUUAAAAAAGUACUUUUUUAGCGGUUUUUUGAAUUUUUUAGCCGUUUGGUACGAUAAAAUUUUUUGAAACGCAGGGAUCCCACGGUAUAUUCGAUUCUGCAUCUGGCAGGACCAAUAUCUCUGAUGGCAGGAGUCUGUGAGCGAAUAUUUCCUAAAAAAACUCGAAUCCGCUGCCAACUUUACCUACGUGUUCCAAAGAGUAUUUUGCAUGAUAAUAUAAAGUGAAUCUUUUUUUCUUUGUUUGAUUUUUUUAACCUGCAGUUACGAGGUUGAGAGUUUUUAAUGAUUAUUUCGUGUUAUUUUAUUCGAUAUACUGUAUAUAAAACGUUGUAAAAUGCAAAAAAAUAAUAUUUUUUAUUAUUCAUCAUAGUGAAAAAGUUAUAUAUGGCCAGGGGUGGCGCGAGUCAGCCAACAUUGGGGGGGUGUAACGAAAAUUUUUUGAAUUUUUGGGGGGUGUAGCGAAAUUUUUUUGAUUUUUUAGGGGGUGUAGCAUGAUCUUUGUUCAAAAACUUUAGAAAAUUUGCCGAUUUUGUUGAGCAAAAAAUAGAAAUUUUCAAAGAUUGGGGGGGUGUUACACCCCCGACACCCCCCCCCCCCGGUCGCGCCACCCCUGUAUAUGGCUGUAUUGUCUUUACCAAGUGUCAAGGUCAAAUAACUGAUAUGAAUAUUGUUUAUUGACGCUUUCAGUCUGCUGCAAUUUUAUUUUGAUAAAUUUCAAUCUAAGGUUUUUGGUCAUCAUACUCAAUAUAUAUGUAAAACAUUUUCUUCUCAAAGUAAAGAUUAACCUAUAAAAAUGUCUCAUUGUAACUAUCAUAACUGAAAAAAUAUUCUCAUCUUCUUCAAACAUACCUACUAUCAAUAAUAUGAUAUGAAAUGAACUGAGAGAAUGAAAGAAAAGUAAUUUAUAAGCAGUUAAUUCACUUAUAUGCUCGAUAGGCAUUAAAUUGAAUUUUUUCAUGUAUCUCUCAUUGCGUCUACUCUGAUAAUACAGAUAAGAAAGUUACAAUAGCAUGUGGUUAGUGUCAGAUGAGGUACAAAACGAAAUACAUUUGAUAUAUCUUUGCAACAAUUCUCUGUUUCCCUAGAAAAAUUGAGGUUACGAUUCUUUUUGUAUUUCUUUUACCCGUAAUGAACGAAUAAAAAUGGAAGGGGUAGAGAAUGGGUAAUGCUUUUCUUCAACACUUACUGUAUCUUUAUUUACACACAUUUCUUUUUUUUCUUAUUUGUUUAUUCACUAUGAUUAGCUUAGCAGAGAGUACCGGUUUCUUUACUUAAGUGUUAUUGUAAAAUUAUUCCCGUUAAAAAUCAAAUAGUUAUUCUGCUUCUAUUUACAUUAUAUUUAUAUUUUUUUUAUUAAUCCACUACUCAUUUUGAUGAAGUCAACAGAAAGCAUUUCUUUAUUUAUGUAGCUUUCAUUAAGCGACUGACUUAUUCGACUCGUAAACUCAAUUGAGUCAACAAAAACAACAACACCUUAUUCGAUUUUUUACAACAUUUAUUAUUCGUAUAAAAGUGUAAUGAGCAGUAAAGAAUCUACUAUAAGUUUAGACUAAAAAUAAAGGUUUUAUUUUCAUUGAUCAUUUAUUGCUAAAGUAAUUAAUGAAAAGUGACAAAAAAAUGAAAAAUUUAUUAUGUAUUUUAUUACUUAUUCUCGAACUGAGAGAAAAAAACGUGUGAAAGUGCAGUUAUUUUUUAUAAUUUGAAUGAGAUAUCUUAUGGCUUCAUUCUUGGAUGAUUCAUAUUAAAAAAUUUUGAAAGGUACCAGUGAAUUUUGCUAAUACGAGAAACACUUUACUUCAUAAACUCGUACGUAAAUCAUCCUCAUCAACACUUACGAAACUUUGUAUCUAACAUUUUGAAAGAGUAUGAUUGACUUAAGGUGUUAAGUGUACUCAUCUCAAAAACAUUCAUUAACACUUAAAAAGGUUUAUGGAUCGAUUAAUAGCAAUCAGUAUAUAUUUACUUACAAUAAUACUACUGUGUUAGCAUUCUUUAAUGUUUUGUUUUGAAAAAAGUUCUAAUAAUGCUCUACUUUCUUUAGUGAAGAAUCGAAAGUUACAGAAUUCAUAAUGUCUUGCGAGUUUUAUUGCCUACUUAGGUCACCUACUGUUUUGAUUAGUUUUUUUUCCGUUGGUUUCUAUCCUAUGCGCUAAGUCGGACAGAUCUCGAAGAUACUGAUUAUACCACUCAGGAUCGAUGGUCAGGGUGUCUCUCGUUUAUCUUAUCCACACUAUUCUAAUACAUUUUUUAUAUUCAUUCUUUACGUAUAUUAUUUAAUAUAAAAAAAACUGUUAUAUAUUGUUUUUUAAGAAAAACAGAAAGAUGAAAUAGUUUUAUAUAACAUAAUAAAGAUAUACAUUAUUAUCGGCGAUAAUGAUUAUAUGCAAUCGACAAAUAAUCAUUAGUUUUCUUACAAUUAUAAGUUUAAUUGUGUUCAUUAGGAUCUUACAUGAAAUUUCAUUAAAUAAACAAAACAAAUUAUUAAUAACUAUAGUUGAUUAUCGUUGGAAUCCUUUAGUAAAUAUACCUGUUCAAUUUAAAACAAUAGAUGAUCAUUAUCAAGAAUUUUAUACAAAUAAUCAAGGUCAAGUAUUAUUUUAUGUAGACAACAAUCUUAAUAAUACAAACUCCAUACAAAUAUUAGCCGAUGGAAUCAAUGAAAAAAUUUCAUCAAUGGAUAAAGAAGUAACAAUAAGACUCAGUAUGAUUAACCGAAAUACUGGUGAAUUAUAUGAUGAUGAUAUUUUUAAUUAA